AUGACGUCACUGACACAUCGGGCUGCCAUUGGCGAGCAGGAAAUAGCGGCGCCAAUGGCGGGGCCGGAGGCGGCUCUGUGGGCGGGGCCAGAGCUGUGGGCGGGGCCGGAGCUGUGGCCGGGGCCGCAGCGGCGCAGCGCGAUGGGUCCAGCGCUGCCUCUGCGGCUCCUUUUGGGGCUCCUUUUGGGGCUGCAGGAGAUCCUGGGGGACCCGGGCUGCCCGCCGAGAGGUCUCCACACCGUGCAGUGGCUUUACGGCUGUGACCUCCUGUCCGACGGGAGCGUCCGUGGAUCCCAGCGGGGUGGCUACGACGGGCAGGAUUUCAUCUCCUUUGAGCUGGGAUCCAAGAGCUUCGUGGCGGCCGACGACGUUGCUGAGAUCACCCGGAGGCACUGGGAAGAUGAAGGGAAUGUGGCUGAGAGGCUGGAGAAUUACCUGAAGCACGUCUGCCCGGAAGGGCUCCAGAAAUACAUCGGAUAUGGGCGGAAAGAGCUGGAGCGCAAAGUGGUCCCUGACAUCCACGUGUCCGGAAAAGAGGAACAUGGGACACUGAUCCUAUCCUGCCGCGUGUACAGGUUCUAUCCCAACACCAUCGCGGUCAACUGGAUGAAG